GACACUCGACGCGACACCCCUCGAAAGACUUGGUGUUCCUAGCUCAAGUUCUCCGGUAAACUGACAAUCCCACUCGUCAGCAAUGAGCCUCCCGAAUCCCGGUGAUCACAGAAGAAAAUGGGAUCGUGACGAAUACGAAAAGCGGGCGAAGGAACGCGCCGAAGGAGACAACGAGAAACGAUCGUUGUCAGACGACGAUGAAGACGGAUGCGGACCCAGCGUCGGACCUUCGAGCUCGCGCGAGAAGAAGCCGCAGCGCGAAUUGCUCAAACCACGACAAUAUAAAGUGGAUCUCGACUCACGCUUGGGUAAGACGACAGUCAUAUCGAAAACAGCCGACCAUUCGCAAGCCGGCGGCUAUUACUGCAAUGUAUGUGACUGCGUUGUCAAGGAUUCGAUCAAUUUCCUCGAUCACAUCAACGGCAAGAAGCAUCAGAGGAAUCUGGGUAUGUCAAUGAAAGUGGAGAGAUCCUCGCUGGACCAAGUGAAAAACCGGCUCGAGAUGAAUCGCAGGAAGGUUGAGGAGAAGAAGAAGGAGUACAACCUGAGCGAAAGGAUACGGGAAGUCGAAGAGGAGACUGAACGUAUGAAGGAACACCAGAAGGAGAAGAAGAAGGAAAAAAGAAGAAAAAUUGACUCCGAGGACCAGGGCCUGGACCCUGACAUGGCGGCGAUGAUGGGGUUCUCAGGUUUCGGGGGUAGCAAAAAAAACAACUAG